AUGACUACUCCACAAUGGGUCAAAGACCUGAAGCCCGCGGCCCCGCAGGGCAGUGAGCUCCUCGAGCAAGAACGCAGCAAGUCCAAGAUCAAUGUGGACACCCUCAGUGCCUUCCUUCACAGCCGUGAAGGUCUGGCACGUAAGAGACGAGUGCUGAAGAUUCUGGAGAACGACAAAGUCUUCAACAAAGAGCAGAAUUACUUCGCCGGCCGUAUCGAUCGCUUCGAGACGGCAUUGGCAAGGGCGAAGAAGCUGAGACAGCUUGUGAUCCGUCAUGGCUGGGACAACGACGACCGCAUGGUCGCCAAUGAGCUCAUCUCUGAGCCCGGCCCAUAUGGUCUCCACGAGAGCAUGUUCCUCAUCACCCUCCGCGACCAAGGCAGCCCAGAACAACACGAGAGAUUCCUGAAGCAAGCAGAGAAAUACAAGUACAUCGGCUGCUAUGCCCAGACCGAGCUCGGCCACGGCAGCAAUGUCCGCGGUCUUGAGACAACAGCCACCUGGAACACCGAGGAUCAGACCUUCACCAUCGACAGCCCUACCCUGACAGCCUCCAAGUGGUGGAUCGGUAGCUUAGGCCGCACAGCUAACCACGCCGUCGUCAUGGCUCAACUCAUCAUCAACGGCAAAUCUCACGGUCCACAUCCCUUCGUCGUCCAGAUCCGCGAUAUGAGUACCCACGAACCAUUGAAGGAUAUCCACAUAGGUGACAUCGGUCCCAAAUUCGGAUACAACACCAUGGACAACGGCUUCCUCCUCUUCAACAAGGUCAAGGUCCCACACAUCAGCAUGCUAGCCCGGCAUUCCCGCGUCGACCCCAAGACGAACAAAUACGUGAAGCCAUCCUCACCCUCCCUCGUUUUUGGCACGUUGACUUGGGUCCGCUCAACAAUCGUCAUGCAAGCCGGCGGUGUCCUGGCUAGGGGUGUUACCAUUGCAACACGAUACUGUGCGGUACGUCGUCAGUUCCAAGAUCGCGAUGCGCCCAGUGAUGCUGGAGGUGAGAACCAAGUCCUGAACUACACGACCGUUCAGAUCCGUCUCCUACCCUUGCUCGCUACGACCUUCGCGCUCCAUUUCACCGGCAAAGCCAUGAUGGCAUUGUACGGCGCGAGCCAGAAGAAGAUGUCACAAGAUGUAGGAAAGGUCGGCGGACCCGAGCGCGGUGCUGGACCUGAGGAAACACAUUCGGGCUCCGAUUUACUCGCCGAUCUGCACGCCACAUCCUGCGGUCUCAAAUCUCUCGCCUCGUACACCGCCGUUGAAGGCCUAGAAGUCUGUCGUCGUGCCUGCGGCGGUCAUGGCUACAGCUCCUUCUCCGGUAUCGGAUCGUGGUAUGCCGACUAUCUCCCUACCGCGACCUGGGAAGGCGACAACUACAUGCUCACGCAGCAAGUGGCGCGCUAUCUUCUCAAGUCCGCUAGGUCCGUGUUGAAGGGCAAUGAGCCAAGUAAUGACACCACCGCCAUCUUGGCCAAUUUCCUCGCGCGACAAGAUCAAGGCGCCGCGUUCGAUGUGCUAGGCAAUGACGCCGAUAUCGUGGCCGCUUACGCAUGGCGUUCUGCUUUCCUGACCUUCGAGGCACUGAAGCAUCGCGAUGAGCAGAAGAAGGCUUGGAACGACUUGCUCGUGGACUUCUACCGCCUCUCGCGCGCACACAGCCAAUACAUGGUCGUGAAGAACUUCUACGAAACCCUUCAAUCCCCCCCCUCGGACCUCGACCCAGAAACCCUAGGUGUCUUGCACAAGCUCUUCCGCCUCUACGCCCUGCACACCCUCGAGUCCGAAGCUUCCGAGUUCUACACUUCCUCUGCCGUGACCGUGCGACAGAUCCAGCUCGCGCGCACAAGUGCAGUGAUGAAGCUGUUGCAGGACAUUCGACCUCACGCUGUGAGACUGGUGGACAGCUGGGACUUCCCCGAUUGGCAGCUUGACUCUUCGCUCGGUCGUUAUGACGGGAAGGUGUACGAGGAUAUGUUCCACCGUGCUUCGGAGCUCAAUCCCUUGAACAGGAUUACUGUGGAUCCUUAUCCGGAUAGCCCGACGCUUUUCAAGAAGAAUGAGGCAGGUGCGCUCAAGCCGAAGUUGUAG